GCGCAGUGGGUGCUGAGUAUGUCGACCGCGGCGCCGCGGACGCUGCUGGAGUCGCCUGGCAACGAUGUCGCCUGGCAACUGAAUAGGUUGGCCACUGUGCGGGCUACUGGAAGCAGAAAGGGCUGCGGAGGCAGUGAGUGGUUUCUGCAGAGCUUCAUUUGGAAAGGCCUCUGUAGUUGGGGAAAGAUGGCCCAUUCCCAGAACUCCUUGGAGCUUCCCGUUAACAUCAAUGCCACCCAGAUUACCACUGCCUAUGGCCAUCGGGCCCUGCCCAAGCUGAAGGAGGAACUGCAGUCAGAGGACCUCCAGACAAGGCAGAAAGCCCUCAUGGCCCUGUGUGAUCUCAUGCAUGACCCCGAGUGUAUCUACAAGGCCAUGAACAUAGGCUGUAUGGAGAACCUGAAAGCUUUGCUGAAGGAUAGCAACAGUAUGGUGCGCAUAAAGACCACCGAGGUGCUCUACAUCACGGCGAGCCAUAGCGUGGGCAGAUACGCCUUUCUAGAGCACGACAUCGUCCUUGCCCUGUCCUUCCUGCUGAAUGACCCCAGCCCAGUCUGCCGGGGGAACCUGUACAAGGCAUACAUGCAGCUGGUCCAGGUGCCUAGAGGGGCCCAAGAGAUCAUCAGCAAAGGUCUGAUUUCCUCACUGGUAUGGAAGCUGCAGGUGGAGGUGGAGGAGGAGGAGUUCCAGGAGUUCAUCCUGGACACACUGGUCCUCUGCCUGCAGGAGGAUGCCACCGAGGCCCUGGGCAGCAAUGUGGUGCUUGUCCUGAAGCAGAAGCUCCUCAGCGCCAACCAGAACAUCCGCAGCAAGGCCGCCCGUGCGCUCCUUAAUGUCAGCAUAUCUCGAGAGGGCAAGAAACAGGUGUGUCAUUUUGACGUCAUCCCCAUCCUGGUCCAUCUGCUGAAAGACCCAGUGGAGCAUGUGAAGUCUAACGCUGCCGGUGCCCUGAUGUUCGCCACAGUGAUCACUGAAGAGAUGGAAUCUCAUUAUGUUGCCCAGGCUGGUCUUGAACUCCUGGGCAGGAUACGAGAGUGGAUGGAGAGGAGCCAGUUGAGGCCGGAAAGGCAGGAGAUGAAGAGGCCAGGCCCAGGCCGGACUCAGCGAAGGGAAGUAUGCGGCCCUGGAGGCACAAGCCAUCGGCCCGCUCCUGGAGCUGCUGCACUCCCCCAUGACCAUAGCGCGCCUGAAUGCCACCAAGGCCCUUACCAUGCUGGCAGAGGCCCCCGAGGGCCGCAAGGCCCUGCAGACGCACGUGCCCACUUUCCGUGCCAUGGAGGUGGAGACUUACGAAAAGCCUCAAGUGGCCGAAGCCUUACAGCGGGCAGCCCGGAUCGCCAUCAGUGUCAUCGAGUUCAAACCCUGAGCCCUUCAUUCACCUCUGUGAGUGAAUAAAUGUGCUAAGUCUCUUUA